CUCUAGUAUAGAAUCCUUGGUGAUAUCCAACAUGGCUGCUUAGAAGCGAGUGCGGAGGCCAAGCGCAGGAGAAAACAUGUCCUGUUGAGGAUUAUUAUGGCCGAUGUAGGCGACAAGGCAAAAAAUAAGAAGAAGAUUCGUAAAGUGUUCCAAAAGCCUGAUCGGGAAUUUGAAACUUUCCUGCCUGACAACAUGCGAGCACCUGUGAUUCAGGUGUUGGGUAAACCACCCCAUGACUACAAGGGUGGAUCCAGCAACUAUAGUCAUUAUGACCAUCCACAUCCUCACAACUGGGAGAAGCGUGGUGGAGGACGGUACCAUGAUGACUGGGAGAAGAGAGGAGGCUACAGUAGUAGUGGGGGCACAGGUGGUGUGCUCAGGAUCAGUGAAGGCACCAGGAAUGCAAUAUUUUCCGGGGAUGCCGGACGACCACCUGGACGAACAACGGAUGGAGACGGAGGUGAAGGGGAUGGCUCACAAAACACUGGUGUGGGGACUCCUACACCAGUCAUACUCUCCCGGGCACGAAGUAACAGUGAGCAGCGAUCUACUUCACCAAAUCCUACUAUUAUUACGGCUAGGAAAGAUUCAGCUCCUAAUGUAAACUCCGGUUCCACAACUUUUGGCCAGCAAUACCUGAUAGCUUCCUCCAAGGCUGUAAUGAUGAUGGAAGCUUCUCUCACACCGGAGAGGAUGAUGAAGGGUCCAGUACGCCUACUAGAUGAGAGCCUCAGCCUCUGUGAUGACCUGAGUUCAUACCUGUUAGACCAGAGCAAUUUUUUAGUUGUGGCCAUGAUGGGGACACAGGGAGUCGGAAAAUCUGCCUUGGCUUCUCUCUUUGUAGAUCCUACUGUAGAUGUUCAAAAGAUCAGGUCUUGUGUGUUCCGACCUGAGAGCCUUGAGCAGAUAAUGUCAGGCUGUCAUGGAACCAAUGGAAUUGAUAUUUACAUUACACCAGAACGCCUUAUUGUAUUAGACUGUCAGCCACUUCUCUCCCCAUCCAUCAUGGACCGCCUGAUCACACAGGAAAAGAAAUUUACAUCUGAUUACAAUUCAACAGAGAACCUUAUGGAGGUAGAGUCAUUGCAGGUGCUUACUUUAGUGAUGAGUAUUGCACAUGUUGUCAUGAUGGUUCAAGACACUUCAGCAGAUCCUAACCUCAUUCGUCUUCUCCAAACUUGUGAGAUGAUGAAGCCUUCCUCCUCUUCCACCCCAUCAUCCUCUUCAUCUGCUUCCUCUGCACCAUCAGCAAGUGAAGACACACAACAGUAUUUUCCUCAUGUAGUCUUUGUGCAUAAUCGUGCUCCAUCACAUCAUUUUACUCCUGCUACUUUGAAAAAAUUGCAGGGAGUGUACCAGGAAGCAUUCUCCGGGUCUUGCUUGGAGAGUGAGAGUCGUCUGGGUCUCUGCAAUAGCCUAACCUACACACCCCUGGCACAGACUUCUUGUGGCAGUCUUGUCAACCUGUUUUUGCUGCCAGAUUUUCAUAAGCAACAUCAUAGUCCUGUAACUUUCACAGAGUCUCUGAGUGAGAUGCGGCGCCAGAUGCUGAGUGUGCGACGUUUACCCCUCACCCACCUGACUCUUACUGAAAAGUCCUGGUACCAAUAUGUGUGUCGCACAUGGGAGAGUGUGCGCAAGUGGAGUCUCUUCGUGGAGUACAGCCGCCUGCUGCCUUGAGCGGUGCCGGUGCUUGUAACUGGACAUCUCCUGCCUGGCAUCACCACCCUAGCUAUGUGGGUGUUGUGCCGCUAGUGACGCCUGGCGCCACUCACCGCCCUGCUCUGUUCCCUUCAUGGGACUGUCACAGCCGGUUGGCCCCGCCCUGCUCUUGCCCCUCCCUCCCCCCCACACCUCACCUGCUGUGGGCAUGGGUCAUCAUUCAGAGGGGGUUGGUGUGCACGUGGGCACUGUGCCCAGCUGUGGGAGUGGCACUGCGUCGUAUGUUGUUUGGAGCUACAACCCUUGGCCAGUGCUGAGGGGAUAGCAAUGAUCUGACCCGGCUGCUGUGUUGGGUCACCCGAGGUCGUAAGCUGUUUUUUUGUGUACUUACCCAUUACAGUUAUGCAUGAAUGGGAUUUCCAUUACAUUUGAUAACAGCCCUAUUGACAUGUCGUGACCUCUACAAUCUAAAACAGUAAACACUUGUUCACAUAGACUGCAUUAUAACCAUUUUCUUGUAAGUUACAUUGAAAUUAUAAGACAGAGGAUUGUAGAAACAGGUAAGGGUGAUGAUGCACUAAUGUAAUGGGUGAGAAUCACAACAAAACUCGUAACUACAUCCCUGACCCUCCUGAAGUGGGUCUGGCUCUUAGUACAUCACGUUGUUCAACAUAACAAGUGUGAGAUAAACUCACCAUAUCAAGAUAUCACUAAUAUCUUAUGGUUUUGCCAAGUGAACUUGCAGAGAAGAUGCUGUAUAAGACAAGUUUGAUUUUAUUUUGUUUUUCUUUUUUUUCUUUUUUUACUUCUUCAAUGAAAGUUACUGGUACAUUAUAGUUUUUAUGUACUUAUUUUUAUUUUUUCUGAAUUCUUAAUCAAUAUUUGAGUCACAAACAGCUAUAGAUACAAUGACAUUGGUUGUUUCCCUGUGAAAUUCCCUCAUCAGUGUGUCACAAGAUGUGAAUAGUAAUCAUUCAAAUAAUGAUUAAAAAUUCAGUACCAGUUUAUUUUCACUAAUAUAUUUAAGACUCAAAACCUUAAUACUUUACAAUACAGAACAUAUCAUUAGCAGCAUUUCAUGAUAAGAAAUUACAAGAUUUCUGAUUACAGUAUAUAAAUCAACAGUUGAUGAAGCUAAUCAUGUUUCUGUAAAAGGAAAUCUUCAUCAAAUGCAUAAUUUACUUAAUUGAUUACGUGAUGUGAAAGAUGACUGCAGCUGGUGUACGUUCUGCACUGCACAUCAGGAGUUAUCUUUUACCAUCCUGAGCUAAGGAGUCACUCAUUUGGUUUGGACUUCUCUUCCUCCCAGUACACUCAUGAUUUCCUCUUCACUGUAUAAGGAUAUUGCCACAAUUGACAAUUUUUAAUGCACAACUCUUCUCUUUGGUCACUACUAAACUAAAAUCUAGAAAAACGUUUGCUGUCAGUGUCUGCUUUGUGCUAUAUUUUCACGACUUACAUUUAAUAAUAGAUAUGGCAUACAUUAAUGUCAAGAACAUCGUCCUAUUCCACUUCCAUGUAUGGCUCAUCUCGGGUGAGAAAUGGGCUCUUUAAUUAAUGACAUAACUGACAGGCUUGACAACUUCAGCAUAUAAGUUGGCAGGAAUGACGUUUGUGGUGUUAAUCAUUCUAGAUCUAAUACUUUUUUCUCCUAAAUAGCCCCUCUUAACACAACAUAUCAAUUUGUAAUUAGUUACGUGAAUUUCCUCAUUAUAUAUUUAUGCCUUUUUGGGGAUUUGAGUCAUUGUGCCUGGAAAGAUUAUGUUCAGGGUACUGUAUCCUCUACUAAAAUUACUAUUUUACACUGUAUUUGAAAUUUUGGGAAAAUAACUUUGAUGAUGUGUGGGAAUACAUGUACUGUAAUAGAAUUGUAAGGGUGGGUGAAUGUAUAGAUUAAAAAGAAAGUAAUAUAUUAAGCUAUCCUAUUAUGGAAAACAAUAUGGGAAUAAUGUAAUGCUUGGGAGUCUCAGAAAAACAAAUUUUGCUAUUUCUUUCCCUUGUAACUGCUUAAGUAAGGGAACUUGAACAGAGUUCAUUAUACCCUCAAUGUCAUCCUGUUUGAGAUGGGUGUUAUCCUGCAUUAAUCCUUGGUUCCAUACACAAAAGGUUACACAAGUUCACUUUACAGUUAGACCAGAAAUGUCAUUUGAGAGCUUACUGUAUUAUUUACUGGAUGUUCAUAACAUGUGCCAUCCUGCUUUAGACAAAGGAAGUUUGUGUGAUAAAAAAAAUAUUGUACUGAGAAAUGACUACAUGUCCCAUGGAAUUUCAGAUUAGUUAACUAGGCAGUGUAAAAGGACUAGAAACGAUAAAUAUUGCCACAUAAUGCCUUACAAUACCAACAAGUGAGGAAACCAGGAUUUUAACCAAGUAUUGUACCGGUAUGUGAAACAUUCCUUACAUAGACGUUAAAUUUUUAGUUAUGUUACCAGAAUCUUUCUCAACAUACCUUUUGCAUUGUAGUUCAAGUCUUCAACAAGGCACAUCUAUAUGCAAUAAUGGGUUAAUUUCUUCAGCUUGUAAUACUCAAAACAGAAUUCUUCAGUAAUAGUUUUUUUAUUACACUAUUAUUAUUAACUAUACUGUAAGCUAAAAUGUAUGUGUGAAUGUGAGAGACACCAUUGAGGUUGCUUGGUAACCAUUGAAGAACAACAUGUAAGAGCCCAUGUUUAGUUAAUCAUGAAAGCUGUUAAUUAAUAAGAGGUUUAUAAAUAGUUAACAAAAGCAACACUUAACAGGCAGAUCAUUACGUUGGAUUGUUUAUUUUAACCAAGAGGACUCUUAAAUUACCUCAAAAACUGCUUUGAGUUACAUACUGUAGUUUUAAACAAAGCCAAAAACUCACUGGAAUUUUUUUUUGAUUGGGAUGAAUUUGUCAAGACUCUCAUUACUGUACUGGGAUGGAUCUAGCAAUAAAAUGUUCACUUAAAACUUGCGGGAACAUUUAAUAGCUUCUGGAAUUACUUGGUGUGGAAGAAUUACAAUAUAUUUUAAUUUAUGUAAAUCAAUACUCUCUACUUAGUUUCUUCAUAUGGAUGUCUGAAACUUGACCUCCAAUGCUCAUCUCCCUAAUUUUUAUGAAGUUCGGAUCGUACCUCGUGGAAGUACCAUAUCUCUAAAACCUCUGUAGGAUAGAAUGGAUUUAGUUUGUUAGGUACAUAAUACAUUUUUUCUAGAAACUGUGUAAUAAUUCUGCAUAAAGCUAUUUUUCUAAUGAUUAAUGAUAAUUUUGUUUUGGGCCAUUCAUAAUGUCCAAAUAUUACUGUAUCAGUGAUGGCAGUUGUAGGAACCAUUAAUUUGCUAAACACUAUUCUGAGUUUAGGAUUACAUUUGUCUGCAGUUUGAAAUCAUCUGAAUUGCUGAGGUGUUUGUAACUGAAUUGGGUUAUCUAAAUAAGCAUUUUGUUUAGUAUUGGUAUACAGUACAGUACUGUACUGUAUUUUGCAAGAAAGAGAUUUCACUUAUCAGUAGCCAGCAGUAUACUGUAUGUCUGAAUUUACAUAAAUCUUACACAGUACAAGAUGGAGGUCAGGGAAAAUUAACCAUUAUUUAAGAACAAGUUGUAGUAUCAUCCUUCCUCUCUACUUAAGAUCAUCAUAAUUUCCCCUUUUUAUUUGCAAAAACAUUGAUAUGAACCAAAGGUCAGUUUACACAUACGAGUUGUGGAUUUAUGAAUUAUGCACUUCAGUUUGUAGUAAACGUGUGGCAUUGUAUUUUUGCACCUUUUGGAAUCGUCUGUUGUCAUUUUGUCUUCAAUGAUUACCAAAAUCUAAUUUUUUUAUUGCAAACUGAAUGUAUAGUUCAUAUGUUAUUUUAUUGACAUUCAAACUUUUAUGUGAUGUUUUUGUACUUUUUCUUUAUUCAUAGUGGGGAGAGAUAGUGCUUGGGUGGUUGGCAGUUCAUUGCAAUAACUCCUCUUCCAAUUUACAUAUUUUACAGAGAAAAAUUACAGAACAGUGCUAGUAUUACAGAUUAUUUUUAUUUUUCUGAACAGCAAAAACAAGUUUGUAUAAUUAUUAAUACUGUACCUUCCCUAUUUCUCUAUUGAAGUAGAUACCCUUCUUUAUUAUCACAGCAUGUAACUUAUGAUGAUUAUUCCUUACAUCCUGUGAGGCUGCUCUCUUACAACACUUUUGGAGAGAAUUUCUUCAAGAUAAUGUGUGCUUUCUUUUUUAAAUCUUUUUCCACUUUAAUGUAGGGUGGUGAGAAUCAUGAGCAAGUACAAACACAUACUCUCCAGUCAUUCUCUUAUUAAUAUAAUGCCUAUUUACUACUACUGUACCAAACUGCUACCUAUUAUCCUAUGAUGUCACACAGUAACAUUAAUUUAUCCUCUCCCUAUGAUUUAUUAUUUAAAUAUCUGCCUUCAGUGGGUCAUGUCUGUGAUUCCCAUACCGGUAUAUGAAGUAUAAAACUUCCAUGUCCUAUGUUCUUUUAGCUUUGUGUGAUAUUAAUACUAUCCUUGGGUUUUAUGGGCAUUUUUGCAUAAAACCUUCCCUUUGGCUAGAUUAUAUCAAUCACUGUUAACAGCUUUCAAGACAACUUUACUGUUACUAACCCACACUGCUUCCAAUUUUCUUCCUGCUAUAAGUGUACAUUUUGAAUGACUUAGAGCUGACCUUCUUCAGUCUUGCCGCUCCCUAAUGUUCUACCCAAUUAAAUGUUACUUAUUAAUAUGAGAUCAAUUGCUUGCCCUCUUUUGAUUAAUAAAGUGACGAUGAUAUGCUGAAUUGGUAAGGACUUUGGGAAUAAUGGCUGUGGAGAGGUCAACAGCUUAAAUACUGAAUGUGAGGGAGGUGAUGAACUCUAGACAUUUGCAAAUACCAAAAACAAAGUAGGUUCCACUUAAUGUUGUCAAUGAGAUUUUAUUUAUAUUUGUUCAACAUUUAAUAUAAUUCAGACCGUUUUUUGUUUUACAGUACUUUAAUAAAGAAGAAAUUUGAAUUUGCCAGUGAUCGACUAAUUCGAAGAAACAAAAUUUAAUAGUGAUUAUUAUUUGGAUGUCGUAAUUUUUCUUGGUGAUAUAAAAUAAACAAGAAAACUGUCAUCUGCACAUAAUGAUAGAAUGUAUCAUGAAUGCUAAGAUUUUUAUUGAUUCGUUGUUGUGUAUAUUUUCUUUUUCUGGGUAAGGCUUUCAUUUUGGACGUCCUUAUAAUAAUUAUUGUUUGAUCUCCAAUUGCCAUCAGGCCACUUUCACCCACAGAGAUUUUUAUUCAUGCUCUUAAUUGGUUGAUUAUAAUUAUUGACAACACCUGCAGUAUAUUGUCACUUAUGAUACAGUAUGUUGCAUCUUUUUCUUUAUAGAGAUAAAAAAAUUUUCCCAACCUUUAGACUUUCAGUGUACUGUAGUUAGAAAUCAUUGUACAGUAUUUUCUAUUUAUUUUAUUUUAUUUUUUCCAGAAGGGAUAGGAAUUAGAACACAUGAGGUGACAUGUCAAAACCACAGUCUUAAAGUCAAUUUUCCUAUAUUUUUAUGGGGUGGGGGGGUUUAUAUUUUCUGGAACUCCUAUAGCAUGUAACAAUGUGGAUCUGGGUUAUUCUCCACUACUGUAUUGGUUUGUGAGCUUCAAAAUUAAUUUCAAGGAUUUUUGUUUGUAAACUUGUCCUACAGCUGAGGAAGUUACUACACUACACCUGACUCAAAUUGUAUUAAGCAGGAGAGUCAAAAAGUAUCCAAAAAUAUAUAACCAGAGAAAGCAGUAAUACUAAUAUCACAGUGGAUUACUUUUACACCACCCUGUAGUAAAAUUUUGCUUUACAUUAACUGCAGUGUGUCAAAUAGUUACAGAGUAUUGUAUUGCAGACAUCUACUUGUUAUGGAAAUGACUGCGGAGGUUUAAGUUCACUCAGAAUUAUUUAGCUUGUCUUGGACCUGUAUGUUAUUAGUUUAAUAUUAGUAUGUAAUGUGGUAUGAGAAGGCAAAUAUCUUGAAUUAUGAAGUUUAAAUUGGGAAAAAGCCUUUGGUAAUAACAAGUAGGAGACUCAGGCUAACAUUUGUUCGGAAGUGUGACAUUGCUAGCUAGGCAGUACUUAUAAAAUGAAAUAGAUGUCAGUUAAUUAUAAUAGAUCCAGGAAACAAGGAUAUUAGAUAAUAUCUAACAUUUAAUGUGAAUAUAUGAUUAACCUCAUUGUUGCCUGAUCUUUGAAUGAGAUUCACAUUUAGGAAGUACCGGUGUGUGGAUGCUGUAUUGGUAUGGGCAUGGAUGUGCACACAAAGGACUGAUCUAUGUUUUAGGUGAUGGGAGUGAGUUUGUCAUUAUGUUAACUGGUGGUGGUGAGAUGAAUUUCUGGAAUAGAUGGCUAAUAAUGAAAUUAUGAUUAUUUUGCAUAGUGUAUUAAUGUCAAUAAAUGUGUCACUCCCAGUGA